CUAGUUUUUCUUUCUUUGUUUGAACAUAUACAUAGCUAACAUGUCAUCAUAUUAUGUAAUAGCAGGUAUGAAUUAAAUUUUGUUUUUUGAGGCAAUUUGCUGAUGGCAAGGAUGAAGCGAGCUGUUGACGUGGAAGAAACUGCAAAAUCAGAUAUUGAAAAGUUAUGCAGGUGCUUUCCGUCUCACAGCAUUUCAAUAGAUGAUAUUCGUGAGUGGAUGAAGGACGAAUCGACUUUUUUUGGUCGUGAAGUUGAGACUGAAGAAGAUUGGAAAUGCAAGUACGUUAUAUACCUGGCCUUGUACGCUGAUCUUUACCAUCGAUGGAAUGGUUGCACUGAUCCAAGUGAACUGACUGUUCCAUUUAAUCAGAUGAAAACAAUUGACGAGCAGUUGAAGAUCAUGGAAAGGGAAAACUCAAUUUCUGCACGCUGGCAAAGUACUGACUCAGAUUACGAAAAUGCAUAGGCUUGGACCAUGGAGUAAGUUUGUUGAUGAAGAAACUAUUGCUAAACCAUCUGAGGAAGAGUCAACAAUACUUGAGGAGUAUGAAUUAUGGAAGAAAAACAAAUCAAAGAAAGAUGAUAUGAAACCUUCAGAAGAGAAAUCCACAUUACACAAUGCAUAUGACUAUCAAGGAAGAUCAUAUCUUCACAUUCCACAAGAUCUUGGCAUUAAUCUCAAGUCAGAUACUCCUCCAGAACGUUGUUUUCUACCAAAGCAACAUAUUCAUACGUGGUCUGGUCACACUAAAGGUGUUUCUGCAAUAAGAUUCUUUCCGAAAUCUGCUCAUCUUCUUCUGUCGUGUAGCAUGGAUUAUAAAAUUAAGAAACUGCAAGAUGAUAUUCAUGUAAGCGCCAACGGCUCUGUUUUUGUAAAAUCUAACAUAAGACGAGGAAUUUUACCCAGAAUGUUAGAGGAGAUAUUAUACACACGUAUUAUGGUAAAGAAAGCUAUGAAAGAUUGUAAAGAUGGUAAAACUCUUCUUCAACUUCUUGAUGCUCGACAACUUGCUUUAAAGUUGAUUGCAAAUGUCACUUAUGGUUGCACAUCCGCAAACUUCUCAGGGCGAAUGCCUUGUGUUGAGAUUGCUGACGCCAUUGUUCGUAAAGCACAUGAGACCCUGGAACGAGCUAUCAAUCUCAUGAACACAUGUGAUGUGUGUUCUUGUGUGGUCUAUGGGGACACCGAUAGUCUUUUCGUAUUAGUAAAAGGUGCCAGUAAAGAGGAAGCGUUUAAGAUUAGAAAAGAAAUUAUUGAUGCUGUUACUGCAGAGAAUCCUAAACCUGUGAAACUAAAGUUUGAAAAGGUAUAUAUGCCUUGUGUUCUUCAAACAAAGAAACGUUACGUUGGUUAUAUGUACGAAACAUUGGAACAAAAAGAUCGAGUGUUUGAUGCGAAAGGAAUGGAGACUGUACGGCGAGAUACAUGUCCAGCGGACUCUAAGAUUUUAGAGAAGUCUUUGAGGAUUUUAUUCGAAGAAAGAGACGUGAGUCUUGUGAAGAAGUUUUUCCAGCGGCAGUUCGUUAAAAUGAUGAAAGAUAGAGUAUCGAUUCAGGAUUUCAUCUUUGCUAAGGAAUAUCGUGGUAUGAAAAGAUAUAAACCAAAAGCAUGUGUUCCAGCUUUGGAAAUUGCAAGAUGUCAUUUGUCACGUGAUCGCGUGGAACCUCGCGUGGAAGAACGUGUAUCUUACGUCAUUGUUAACGGCAGUCCUGGACUGUCAUUGAUUCAAUUGAAACAAAUACUUCCUCCAUUGGAUCGAGUUUUUUCCUUGAUUGGUGUUGAUGUGUUUUCAUGGUAUACACAACUAUCCCGCUAUAUCCCUCGACAUCGUGUUAUUGCAAGGAAACAAAAACGUUCGAUUUCUCGGUUUUUUACUACUCUACACUGUCCUGUAUGUGAACAAUUAACACAGCACGGUUUGUGUCAAAGUUGUCGUAGCAACCCUCAAAAGUCUGUCUUUAUUCUGGCAAGUAGAGUGGGGAACUGGGAAAGAAAAUACAGUCAUCUUAAAGAGAUAUGUUUUCAGUGUUGUGGAGCUAGAGAUGAACAACUGAGCUGUAUAUCACUGGAUUGUCCUGUUAUGCUUAAACUAGAGAAGUUAAAAACAAAUAUGGAAUAUGGAAUGACAUUAAGAGACUUUCAAAAAACAAUUGAAGAAAGUUAUGGUCAGUCAGAGCACAAAUCUAAAAGGUUUUGGAGUUCCAGUAAUUUAUAAUGGAUCAUAAUGGAUCAUCAUUUCGCUAUUUUGUCAAGGAUUGCCAUCUUAUACAGUGUUAUCACUUCAGUUAUGUCUUGUCAAACAAACAUUAAAAUGUCUAACACAGCUGAAACUUCGGUUCAUGAAUUUGAAUCAACAAACGAUCUCUUUCGCCGAGCAGUAGAAGUAUACUCACGACGAAAUAGAGAGAAAAAUUUUGAAAAAUUCCAACUAGAAUAUAAUUCUAAUGCUGAAAAAAUAGCCAUAUCUUCUUGGAACUAUUCAGACGUAGAUAAACCUACGCGUGAGGCUCUCAAAGCUUUGCUACGUCCGGCAAAAAAACACCACGCCCGUAGUGUAAAACAUCAUAGAAGACGUGAAAAACAUAAAAACGACUAGAAAUUCCAGUAGAUGUGUACACUCAAGUUGGUACUUCAGUCCCUGGAAAAAGAGGUUCAGAUUGGACCAUUGUCGCGAUGUGUGAAAAAGGUGAAGCAGAUUCUUGUACAAUCACCAUCGAAACCGCUGGAUUUUACCGAAUAUCAUUAAGUGGAAAAUGUUUUACAAGUGCAGGGGCACUACGAGUACUUCAAACUCCUAGCAAAUUACUUGUCUUAAGUAAAACAAAAACACAUCGUAUUGGUGAUAUUAACUCUGAAUGUAGCUAUAGUGAUUUUAUAGAUGUAGACUUACCUGCUGAUGCAACAUUAGUUGUUCAACAGAUGGGAACUGCUAAAGUAAUUAUCACACUCAGUAUAAAAAGUAUAAUACCCGAAUCUUCAACGGUUGUUUAAUGAAGAUUUGCUACACGAAGCGCUAGACGAGUCCGAAGGCUUUCCUUCAUUAUCUAGAACUGAAUAAGAACACUUCACGUUUGGCAAAGGGGGUGAACCGGCCGCCGGAGGCGUCGGAAUUUCAGUUUUUGGAGGAAUUGCACUUAGAAACUGAAGUGCGUUAUAGCGUAUUAACGCUGGGUCGCUCAUAUUUCCAUACGCAGCUUUCCAACCUACGGAAUUUGUUAUAACAGGCGGUCUAAUUUCUAUUACGUCAUUAGGUUUAAUAGGUCUGCGCUUACAUGGUGCCGAAGGAGGUUCAGGUGGAGCUGUAUUAGUACGCUUUCUUGAUGUUGAUGCUAGUGGUUGAAAAGCUUCAAGAAAUGAGUUUAGAGCUCUUCCACUUAUAAUACCCUGUUUAUAUAGUAGCAGAAUCUCUCUAACAGUGUCCAUCUCGAUUCUAUAUACUAUAUAAAUAUUCUUCUUCUAAUUGUAUCGUACCUGUCUGUAUUAGCAGCCUGGUUUGUGAUUUAAGAUGUUCUUCUCUUUGUCUUAUUAUUAUAUUAUUCAAUUUUUUC